AUGGUCAAUGUCAAACUGAUCGUCUGCGGUUACCACCGGAAAUACAGUAUCAACCACGUCAAAUGGAAGGACCUCCCGACAGUGGCUGAGCGACUGAUCGGCUUUCUUGAGGGCCACAUAGGUGAAUUCAGCCGGGACACCGACUAUGACGAAGAAUACACCAUCGCGUACAGGUCCAAUCUGCCAGAAGACACGAAUGAGAAUGCCAUCCUCUACGCAUUAGACGAGGUGGUCGACUGCUUCCUGAACCCAGAACUCGGCAUUCGAGUGGCCCGCUACCAAGACUCAAGCUACGCUGGGUGCCAGUGGUGGCAUAUUAAGCAGAAUUCGUACAUCUCGACACAAAUGUUCUUUUCGGCGCUUCAAGGUAAGGAGGCCUACAACCUGCCAGACUUGAAGUCCGAGAGAUGUCCAGACUGUGACUGCUCAUGGGAUGAUCCGAAUGCCAAUAAUCGGGAUCAGGAGAUAAGACUCUUCGAGAACAAAACUAGCUAUGAGAAGUCCUGGUAUCGGUAUAGGGAUAUUUUAGAAGGGAGAAUGGAUUAUAUUGAUGGGGAGCUAAUCACGCUUGAUAAUGGUAAUCAGGAUGGUGAUGACGAUGCAGGUUAUGGUAGUGAUGGAAACAUCGAUCAGGACCAUGGUGACAUUGAAUCGAGAAUCAAGAGUAUGAUUAUGGAGGAAGGUGUGGAUGACGAAGAGAUCGAGGAUACUCCUCUCCCUUUUCUCCUUAGAUGCAACCGACAUUUAAUACGGAUGCUUUUAACCAAUAUUCAAAUGGAGUUCGGAGUGGAACUUGAUCCGAGGCGACUGAUCAAGUUUGAUACAGUCGAGGACCUGGCUGGAUAUAUUAGACAACUUCCCAACAACACAAACAGUGACUAUGAAGACAGUGACAGCGACUAA